AUGAGUAUUGGAAUACAGGAAGAAUUGUCACAAAUAGGAGAAACUAAAUCACAAUUAAAGAAUGAAAAAGCAGAACGUGAGAGAGAACUCUAUAGAAGCAGAACAUGUCUUCAUCUGGCCUGUUGUAAUGGACAUCCAGCUGUUGUGUCUCUCUUAAUAGAGAGAAAAUGUGACCUGAAUUUGUUGGACAGAGACGGUCGAACACCUUUCAUGAAGGCAAUACAGUGUGAAGAGGAGGAGUGUGCAACUAUCUUGCUUCAACAUGGUGCAGACCCUAAUAUUGGGGAUGGCAGCAACAAUGCUCUUCACUAUGUUUCCUUUUUUCUGGGAAUAGGCCUAGCAGCAAAACUGCUUCACUAUAAAGCUGAUAUUGAAGCAAAAAACAAGGAAGGCCUUACACCACUUUUUUUUGCAGUUAGAGGACAGAACUGUAAUAUGGCAGAAUUUCUCCUAAAGAAUGGAGCAAAUGUUAAUGCCUUAGAUGGCUCUAAAAGAACAACCCUUAUGAUUGCUGCUGGUAUGCAAUCCACAGAAAUGGUCAGUCUUCUUCUUGAAUAUAAUGUUGAUCACACUAUCAAAGAUCCAAUGGGAUACACAGCUGAGGAGUAUGCUAAGAUCAACAAUUAUCCUCUAGAUGUUUAUGUCAAACAGAUUGAAAAACAUAUGGAGCGUAAUAAACCCUGUACACCCCAAAUCAGCUGUUCAGAGAAAGCUACUGUUGUUUCUGAAUUUGUUUCGAAAGCAUCUUCUUUGGACAAAAAAGAUGAAAUGAGAACUCACAAUAGCAGAAAAAGCAGUGUUUAA